AUCUCCAAUUCAUUUGAACAACAAGAAAAGAAAGGGAGAGGCCUUAAUUAACUAGGGUUAAUAAUUAAUUAAUUAAUUAAUUAACUCUCCCUUUCCUUCUUCAUAUUCCUGUAAAUACUUGUUCGUCACCUCCGUUUUUGAAUCUUAAGGAAUCCUCUCUUUUGCAUGCCCUCCUUUCUUCAUGGGUUGUGGCAUUUCUAGGUAUACCCUUGAAGAGGCGGGGCAUGUUCUUCAAAUCAAAUCCUUUGGUCGAAGAAGCGAUUAUAAAGAUGAUACUGACUCCUUAAAUAGUAAGCAUCGAAAGAGUACUUCUUCCGCGACAAGUGAAGGCGGCGGAUUCUUGAGACGGGUUAUUGGUUCAAAUGAGAAGGAAAGAGGAGUGGAUAGAGAUAUAGAGCCUACGGUCAAUGAUCAUCAUGGCCGGAAAAGUAGCUUUUCUUCGUCUCUGAGAAUGAGUAAAGAAAUAUCGGGAAAGCAAAACGAAGAUGAAUUUGUAAGGCCAAGCGAUGCAGACGAAUGUGCAAGUAUAUUACAUUCUCAAGGAUCCCCUAGUUUCCGAGUAUAUGUCGACAGGGAACAAUUCCCUUUUGAAGAUCGUGAAGGUGAUGAGGACCAAUCAGCUAAGGGACCGGAGACUUCACUGUCGAAAAGAGGGGUGAGAAAGGGAAGAGGAUUCAGAGGAUUAAGAGAAGUGAUGCAAAGAGGAGGAUCAGUAGGAAUGAAAAAUUUUUUCAAUGGCUCUGCCAGAUGUCAUAAUUCUGCUUCAUCUCCUACUCAAGACACAAGAAAAUUGAUUGCAAAAGUUGCCUGAUGAUUUAUUAUUUGCACAAGGGCAUGCAGCAAAUCUUUAACAUUUGCAACGAUGAAUUUUUUUUUCCCCUUCUUUUUUCUUUUUAGUCAAUUAGAAAAAAAAAGAAAGAAAAGAUAUGGUCGAUUUCAAUAUUCUUAUUUCGAUUAAUUGUACAAUUAAAUUAAAGGUACUGACUCCUCUUUAUAUUAUAAUCCGAUUCUAA